AUGGUGAAGUACAUAGACGCGCCCUUCGGCAGGUACCUGUAUGUCACACCUCCACCUGCUUACAGCACUCAUUUAGGGUCCACUAAGAAGGAUGUCACCCGCUCCAACAAGUACGUUCACUCGGCCACAGUCAGGCGGUACGGAGGGCCCAAACCCAGGCAGCAGCGUCGACCGGCUACUGAGGGCGGUAACGCGGACAGGCGUACGGACUGGUCCCGCGUGGACAGCCUGAUCGAGGCGGUGUACAAGCCGCCCAAGAUGCCGGCGUCGUACGAGGUCCGACAGCUGGCGCACGCAGGACAGUACAGGAAAGAACAACAUGAGUUGCCGUCGUUUCGCGCGACGUACUUUAACUCGGCGCCCACGCAUAACGGUCCGGACGACUUCAAACAGACCAUAGAGAACUUCAAACGGGCCCAGGAACAGGGAUGGCGCCCGGGAACUAGUAUACAGAAGGCCGCAGCGCGAGUAGCGGGGAAGCCGACGGGGAAGUUUGCUGAGGCGGAGGACGUGAGGCUGGGUCUCGGGCCGCCGAACGGCUUCGCCCGGGGCUGGGCUGAGGCCAGGACGGAGGCCGUCAUCAAGGCUGCACAACGCGCUGCCUCCAGGUCAUCCCGGGGUGGCAGAGACAGCUCUCGUGCAACAUCUCGCGCGAAGUCGCGUGCGCACACCCUGCCGGUCAUCGUGGAGGAACAGUCGGACAGGAGACGUCACGAAGGGGAGACAGAGAUGGGCAAGAGCACGCCGUACAGACCGACCCAGAUGGACCUGACGGACCUGGAGCGGUGGAAGCAGGAGCGGGCGACCGACGCCUACAUCAAUGAAAUGGAGAAGUUCCGCAAACAGCGCCACCGGCGGUUCUUCAAGGAACUGGAGGAGGUGGAGCACGAGCAGAUAGACACAUACCACAGGCAACUCAGGGAAAGUAAGAAGAAGUAUUUUGAGACGGUGGACCAGCAGCGGGCCCAGCUGAAGGAUCUGCGGGACCGCUACCUCAGAGAGCAGAUUGACCGCUUCAAACGCUUCCACCUGCGGAACGAGGACGUCCAGCAGUACCUGGAGACCCGGUCCAUCCCGAGGGACGACUACGGGCUACCCGAGGGCCUGGAGGGCGAGCUCCCUCGGGUCUUCUCCCCCAAGGCCCCCCUCCCUCCCAAACCGCCGUCCGUCAAGUCCGUCAUGCGGGCUAAAAACCUGAGCAACUUCGCGAGUAUAUGGAACCAGAGGGCCGCUCAGCCUAACUGGGCGCCUCAGACUGUGGACGACGAGAAGUUGUUGCCAGAUAUCAAAAAGUUCUUACCGGCGAGAGAAGAAACGCCACCAAAGAAGGCUACUGAGAAAGUUUACACACAGAAGCCUCCUUCGAGGCAGGCGAACGGACAAAAGCCGCAAUCUCGCGCCUCGCAAAAAGCGACAACAUCUAACGACAAGGGGACCACCAAAGCAGCGACGGGGCCGCAGAAGGCGAAGUCGCCGAAGAAGGGCAUCAGGCUGGCGACCAGGGGGUCGCGUAAGUUCGGAACGCGGGGGUCCAAGCGGUCCUUCAAAGUAGGGUCGAGGCAGGCGUCGAGAGGACAACACGACACGAAACCGCACCACGAUUCAAGAAUGCCGCUCAUUGUACAGAAGGUAGAGAACAGAGUGUCGCCCAACUCGCCUGAAAGAUAG